UUCUGGUUCGAGCAUUCCGGGACUUCUCCACCGAAAGAGGAGCCCAAAGAAAUCCUUUGGCUUUCCAGCAGGGCAUGAUUGCUUCGGGCUUCUAGCAAUCAGGGAUCACGUAUUGGCAUGGCCCGAGGUGACUGUCUCCCUGUGGAUCUGGAAAAUGCUGGGUAAAGUGGGAAAAGAAGGGCGGUGCUUUGACUCCUCAAACUUCCGACGUGAUUGGGGCAGAAACGGUCACUUCUCCUCGAACCUUGAGAGUUCCCCAGCUCUGCAAGCCCAUUUCUCCUCUGGAGGGCCAAGAAUCACUUCGAGGUUCUCUGUAGGAAAGCACUGUCACCUCCUUUGGAGGAGAAUUGGUCUCGAGCCAUGAAGACCAUUGGCAGCGCAAGCCCAUUUUCCUUGAAGCAACGCCAGAGAAAAGAGUUUCCAGCUUCCCUCCUGGGAAAGGCCAGAAGCGGCUUUCGGGCAAUUGCCCAGAAUCAUGGCCUUGGCAGGCCGUAAACAGGAGAGACCACAGGGGCGAGAUGCAAGAUUUCCACAAUUCAGGAUCCAAAGACAUGCACUGCAUUGAUUGUUGCAAAAAUGGUGGAAGCGGAUCGUCCGGGGAAGUUGUUUAUAGGAGGGCUCAGUACAGAAACCAAUGAAAAAGGCCUUGAAUCAGUUUUUGGGAAAUAUGGCCGUAUAGUAGAAGUUCUUUUGAUGAAAGAUCGAGAAACCAACAAAUCCAGAGGCUUUGCUUUCAUUACUUUUGAGAAUCCAGCUGAUGCCAAAGAUGCUGCAAGAGACAUGAAUGGAAAGUCCUUAGAUGGAAAAUCAAUUAAGGUGGAACAAGCCACCAAACCAUCUUUUGAAAGUCGUGGUAGUCGAGGGCUAUCAUCCUCUCCAAGAAGCAGAGGUCUUAGAGGUGGAAGACAAGGAAGUGGUGGAACAAGAGGGCCACCUCGUGGAGGUUAUUCAAGCAGAGAUUAUACAAGUCCUCGGGAUUCCAAAGAUUAUGCUCCAACUCCAAGGAACUAUAUAUACCGUCACUAUGGCCAUUCUAGCUCCCGUGAUGAGUAUACAUCUAGAGGAUAUAGUGACCAUGAUGGGUAUGGUGGAGGUCGUGAUAGAGACUAUUCAGAUCGUCCAAGUGGAGGGCUCUACAGAGAUUCUUAUGAGAGUUAUGGUAACUCCCGUAGUGCUCCAACUGCUCGAGGGCCUCCUCCCUCUUAUGGGGGAAGUAGUCGCUAUGAGGAUUAUUAUAGCAGCACACGAGAUGGAUAUGGUGGAAGCCGUGAAAGUUACUCAAGUAGCCGAAGUGAUAUUUAUUCAAGUGGUCGUGAUCGUGUUGGCAGACAAGAGAGAGGGCUUCCUUCUUCAAUGGAUAGGGGAUAUCCUGCCCCUCGUGAUUCAUACAGCACUUCCAGCCGUGGAGCACCAGGAGGUGGUGGCCGUGCAGGAAGCCGAUCUGAAAGAGGAGGCAGAAACAGAUACUAAAAGAAA